AUGGCUACAGCUGCAAUACCAGUACAGUUGCCAGCAUUAAGACAGUUUGACCCAAAAGGGGAGCCAUCGACCUUAGCACAGCGUUGGGAGAAGUGGAGAAAAAGUUUUAGUUACUUUAUUGAGGCGUCUGGGAUCGUAAAUGAUGGUCAAAAAAGAGCCACACUUCUGCACAUGGCAGGAGAGGAAGUACAGCAAAUCUUUGACACUUUACCCAAUUCAGAUGAAGCCACAACAUUUCAACAAGCAUUGACAAAGUUGAACGAUCAAUUCAAUGUCAAGAAGAAUGUACCAUAUGAAAGAAUUAUUUUCCACGAAGCAAAGCAAGAAAGUGGAGAAUCAGUUGAUGCAUUUGUUACCAGACUGAGGAAGUUAGCACAAUACUGUGAGUACACAAAUCUGGAUGAUGAGAUCAGAGAUCAAGUCAUCGCAAAAUGUCGAUCUUCAAAAUUUCGCAAAAGGGUACUUCAGGAAACAGACUUGAAUCUAGAGAAACUUUUAAGAAUAGGAAGAGCUCUAGAACAGUCAGCAAGUCAAACAAAGAAAAUUGAAGAAAACGCAUCAAGUGUAGGUGAAGUAAACACCAUGAUGAAAAGGAAUCAUUUCGGAAACAAACGAAAUUACAACAAAAACAAUGGGAAGAAAGUCUAUAAUAAGAGUGACGAUAGCAGAGACAGCAAAAAGUUCUACAACAAUAACCCCUGUGGUAGAUGUGGUAUGACGUCACACUCUAGCAAAGAUUGUAGAAUAACAAAAGGGAAAACGUGCAAGAAAUGCAGUCUCAUUGGACACUUUGCAAAAUGCUGUAAAACAAAAUUAGACAGACAGAAACACAAAGUUAGAACCACAGAAGACAAUGCAAGUGAAGAAGAGUCAAACUCAAGUGACGAAGAUGAUUGUUAUGUAUUCUGCAUCAAGUCGAAAGAUAAACCAUUGUUCGAAAUAGAGGUUCAAGAAUCACCAAUAACAAUCCUUGUCGACAGUGGAUCAACCUUAAAUAUUUUGGAUUCAAAAACAUUCAAAAAGAUUGUUCCUGCACCGAAACUAGAAAAAUGUUCUACAAAAAUAUAUCCUUAUCAAGGAAAAACACCAUUGAAAGUCAGAGGAACAUUCAAGGCAAACACCAGGACUUCAUAUGGGAAAAUAGCAAAACUGAAGUACUAUGUAGUCGAAGGUGAUGGAGGAGCAUUAUUAGGAUUAAAAAGUGCGAAGAUACUAGAUCUUAUCAGAAUUGGCCCACCAAAUGUUGAAUCUAUUAAUAACAUGGACACAACACCUGUACAAAUGCUACUGUCUAAUGCAGAGAAAAUCAUCACAGAUAAAACAAGUAAUUCAGAGGUCCUACACCCAAAGAUACAAGAAGUUUUAGAUAGACACAAGAAAGUUUUCAGUGGAAUGGGGAAACUCAAAAAUUUCCAGCUUAAACUUCACAUUGACGAGUCAAUCACACCAGUCCAGCAACCAGUGAGAAGAUUGCCAUACCAUACUAGACAGACAGUAUCAGAUGAAAUAGACAGAUUAGUUAAAAAUGACUGCAUAGAAAAAGUAAAUGGACCAACUAGUUGGAUAAACCCAAUAGUAGUGGUACCCAAAGCAAAUAGGAAAAUAAGACUAUGUAUUGACAUGCGAAGAGCAAACGAAGCUAUAAUAAGAGAGAGACAUCAAAUUCCGACGUUAGAUGAGAUACUACCGGAACUCAAUGACGCAAAAUAUUUUUGCAAGCUUGAUCUAAGAGAAGGUUAUCAUCAAAUAGAGCUUGAUGAGAGUUCUAGACACAUUACCUCCUUUAUAACUCACAAAGACUGUUAUCAAUCAAAACGACUCAUCUAUGGAGCUAAUUCUGCAUUUGAACAAUUUCAGAAAACAAUUGAGCAAUGUAUUGCAGGAUGUGAUGGAACAAAAUCAAUUUCGGAUGAUAUCCUGCUAUGGGGAAAAAGCAUAGAUGAAACUGCAACAAGACUGGACAAAUUACUGAAAACACUCUACGACAAUGGACUGCGAGUCAACUCAAGCAAAUGCGUAUUCGCAGUAAAUGAGCUCACAUUCUCGGGAUACAGACUGACCGACAAAGGAAUAUUUCCUGAUAAAUUUAAAGUGGAUGCUGUGAAUCAAACCAAACGACCUACAAAUGCCACAGAAGUAAGAAGUUUUCUGGGACUAGUUAAUUACUGUUCCCAGUUCAUUCAUCAUUAUGCUGAUCUUACAGAGCCUCUACGAAAGCUCACAAAGAAAAAUGUAGAAUUUCAAUGGAAUGAAGCUCAAGAAAACUCAUUUGUCAAGUUAAAGGAAGAACUAACUAACUCGCGAGUUAUGGCCUAUUAUCAACCAUAUGCUGAUACAAAAAUAAUUGUAGAUGCAUCACCCAUAGGACUUGGAGCUAUUUUGACACAGAAGCAAAGGAACAACACCUUCAAGCCAAUAGCAUAUGCAUCUAAAGCUUUAAAUGAAACUGAACAAAGAUAUUCUCAAACAGAGCGAGAAAGUCUUGCAGUGUUGUGGGGAAUACAAAAAUUCCAUUACCACCUAUACGAUCGUGACUUCACAGUUAUCACAGACCACAAACCACUGGAGAAAAUGUUAUCAUCAAGAGGGAAUCCCACACCACGUAUACAACGAUGGGUAUUAAAAUUACAACCGUACAAGUUUAAAGUUGUAUAUGAACCAGGAGCAACCAACGCAUCAGAUGUUCUCUCCAGGUCUCCUUUAGAAGCACCUGUAACAAGUGACUACUUUACUAACGAAGCAGAACAUUAUGUCAACACGAUAAUCAACGAUGCUACGCCAAUUGCAGUCACGAUAAAAAAAAUUGCUGAUGAUUCUGCAACAGACGAGGAAUUGACAAAGCUCAGAGUAAACAUUAAACUGAAGAAAUGGAAUAAAUAUCCUGAAAUGAAACAAUACUAUCUCUGCCGAAAUGAACUAGUAGUAAAAGACAACUUAGUGCUAAAGGGCAACCGUUUAGUCAUCCCGAAGACUCUCAGAAAGAGAAUCUUAGAUAGCGCACAUGAGCAUCACCUUGGUAUAGUCAAAACCAAAGGACUUCUACGAGGAAAAGUAUGGUGGCCUGGGAUAGAUAAAGAGAUUGAAGAAAUGAUCAGAACUUGUAUGUCAUGUCAAGCAACAAGUUCAGCAGUAGUUAGACCAACACAUACCCAAUCGACUGAAAUUCCACCUACAAGUUGGCAUACCUUAGCACUUGAUAUACAAGGUCCAUAUCCAACAAUGGACUACUUAAUCGUGCUGAUAGACUACAGAUCCAGAUAUCCUGUCGUUAUACAAACAAAAAAGAUUGACACUGACCAUGUAAUCAAAGGUCUAGAUAAAACAUUCAAGUUAUUUGGAUAUCCAAUGAAGUUAAUUGCCGACAAUGGGAAACAAAUGAUCUCCCAAGAAUUUAAGAGUUACCUAAAGGAAAAUGGAAUUGAACUUCACAGCACCACACCAUAUUCACCAUGGGCAAAUGGAGAGGUUGAAAGAUUUAACAGAUCAUUGAAAAAAGCAAAUCAAUGUGCUCAUGCAGCCGGAAAAGAUUGGAGAAAGGAACAGGACAAAUUUCUCCUACUCUACAGAACUACACCUCAUGCAACAACCAACACACCUCCAGCUACUGUCAUGUUUGGUAGAAACAUCAGAAAUAAAAUUCCUGUAUAUUCCAAGUUUUUGUCAGAAAAUUUGAAACUUGACGAAACAGACAGAAGAAAUAAGAAAAAAACAAAAGAAUAUGCUGAUACCAACAGAAAAACAGUACAAGAACAUCACAUCAAUGUACGUGACAGCGUCUUAGCGAGAAAUAUGAUGAGGAAAGACAAACUAUCGACAAAUUGGAUACCUAAACCAUUCAAAGUAAUCAAAUCAUACGAAAAGAGUGCGUUAAUUGAAGACGCACAAGGAAGAAGAUACAUGAGGAACAAGGUACAUCUAAGAAAAUAUUUACGAAGGAAGGAGGAAGUAGAGAGGAAUCAAACAGAAGACAUACACAGAGAGAAACAUGAGAAGACAGAAAGUAAAAACAACAACAGAGAAAAGAAAAUAGCUAAAGAGACUGAGAAAAGCAACAACACAGGAUACAAUGGCGAAUUCAUCACGAUAGCUGUUCCACUAGUAGGCCUAGAUUGCUUAGUUAGUUCUGACAGUGAAGCUGUGUGCACACAAACAAACUGCCAAACGUCUAACACAAGAAGAAUUGCUAAAAUAAUACCUGUUGUUCCAGAUGAUGUUGUUCCAGAUGAAGUUGUUCCAGAUGAAGAAAAUAAUUUGGACAUGCGAACACGAACAGUGACUGAAGACAUAACUCCAGAAACCAAACUAGAAACACAUCAGCAGCACAACGAGAAGAAGUGUUUACAAACUAAAAGUCAUCCUUGGAAAUCAUAUCUUUCACGAAGUAAGAAGAAACAAUAGAAACACGUGACGUUGAUAACAGAACUUAUGUUACACGAAAUUUGGACAGUAUUCAGUGAUACUGGACACAAAACAUUUAUGAAGAAGUUCACACAUUAUGUUCACACCUUUUGUUAAUCACGCUUUGCGAACAUGUAAAUAAGAAGCAUGUGAAAUAAAAAAAAACGCUUUUCAAAGAAGUUAAUCAUGUAUUUACUCAUGUGAUGGUUUAUGUUUUAUUAUGUGGAACGACGACGUUCGAUGAAUCAACAACACGAUGACGUACGAUGAAUCAACAACACGAUGACGUACGAUGAAUCAACAACACGAUGACGUUCGAUUGAUGAGCAACACGACGACGUUCGAUUGAUGAACAACACGAUGACGUAAUGAAGGAUUCGAUCAAGAAAGAAGAGGAUGUAGUAUUUGUAUAUAAUCGGCGACCGUGAGAAUUGUAGAUAUAGAACGUGGAGACGAAAUAAAUAUGGCGGUAUAUUUUAAUAUAAGAAUUCGUGUGUGUCACAUAGUUGAUCGGUCAGACUAAUCUAGGUUCAUCUUAGUCAGCUAGGUAUUAGAACACUACAAGGUUGAAACAAUUUCUAGAAUAUUCAAAACAUUUCAAAACAAACUAUAUGGGUUGAAUUUUCUAAUUGAAAGUCAAAUAGAGAGUUACUAUAUGCGCUAUUACUAUUCCUAAAGGUAUCACAGUACUUCAUUUAACUGAACAAUCCUAUAAAAUUUCCAAAGUUUUCAAGUUAUCAUAGCCAAGAACGUAGAAAUGCAAUCCUGAGAAAAACACCAAUAAAUAUUUUCAAGGCAUUACUUUAAAUCGAACAGGGUUUUAAUCGACUUGCCCUAGAAAUACUUAUAUUCUUGAAUAAAUUGCGUCCAGUACGGGAUAAAUUUUUUUAACACUUUUGUGAAGGUUUCCCCUUUAGAGAAUUAUUUUGUUAAAUUUAAGUCAAAUAAUCUUAGCGAAUUUGAUUCACAAUUUUAAAAAAGAUAUCCUGCAACGAAAUCUUUUUCUUUGGUCAAUUUUAAUUUUUUAGGAUUCCAACAGAUCGCUCUAUUCAGAUUCUAACAAUGAUGACAACGAUGACAAUGAUGACAUUGAUGAUGUGUGCGAUAACAGUGGAGCAGAGGAGUUAUUGAUUCGCGAAGUGAUUUCCUAAAAAAAGUCUACAGGUAAAGUCUACAGAUAGUAAGAAACCGGUACCAACACCGAGAGAAAUUCAAGAGGAGGUGAUUGAAUGCAGUACCACUUAUUCAACAAUACAAAGACCUGUUCCAGCACCGCGGCGUGCUAAAACGAUAAAGGAAUCCACUUGAGAAAAAGAUUUUGAAAUGUUCGAUUGGCAGCCUACACCAAGGCCAAGAGCAACAACGGACUCUAAUCUAACAAGACAAGAGGGUCCAGGUAAAAGUAUUAUUUUAUUCGGCAUUUUUCAACCUUGAAAAGUACUAAUAUCUGUCUAAAGUAUUUAAUAUCAAUUUAAAAAUGGGUAAGAUUAUUUGUAGCACAUAACAUCCCUCAGCUGACGAGAAUUUUGCCCCAUAUCUGGUAUGAUGAACAAGUAAAACAGAAAUUAUUACAGAUUCA